CAGAGCACAUCACUCGCGGACAGCAAUUGUCUUUUCUGUGCGUCCGUAAGGUAGUUCUUGACACAUACAUUGCUUACUUAGAUGCUGAUACUGUGGUUUCAGCUGCUUCUGCAGCUGACAUUAGUUACUUCGCAUAAUUUUGGCACAAUUGUUCCUGCUAGUACAUCCAUCGUAGAUGUGUUGUCUGCAGACCCCAAGUUCUCUAGAUUAAUUCGUCAUUUACAACGGAAUCGGCUUAUUCCGUUUCUCAAUCGGCACAGUAAUUUAACACUCUUUGCCCCAGUCAAUACUGGACUAGACGACCAGGAUGAAGAACCCGACUGGUGGUACCAUCUACUCGAUACGACGGAAUUCACUCGUGCAGUGCAUCCAACCAUGUCGUUGGCUGACGACGGGCGCCCUAUUGCUGUGAAGUCAUGGACCGCUCGACGUGGUGAACAGGUUUUCGUCGGAGGCGCUGAAUUGCUCGAUACCAUUGAAGCGCGUAACGGCGUUGUACGAGUUAUCAACAAACCAAUUCCCAAACCUCCCUCCUCUUCCGUCCAUUUAGCAGACAACUAUUUGCUCAGCACAUUCCACCGUCUCUCGACAGCCUGGAUAGACGGUUACGAGUCGUUUACCUUGCUCGUACCCGAUAUUUUUGCUUUCCAGCGUGCGUUUCGGCCAACGGAAAUCGCCUACCUCUUCUCUCUGUACGCUACGAAGGAUGUGAAGAAGGUCGUUUUCCAGCACACUCUCUUUAACAAACGUGUGUACUCGGACGAUGUGAAAACGCCUACCCGGUUCAAGACUCGCGAAGGCGCAGACGUGGAGCUUUUCCACAAUGAGGAUGAUGGUUUCAUGUAUGUGAACGGUGUAAAGACAUCGAAAUAUGACUAUGUCACCACAAACGGUGCUAUUCACAUUCUGCCGGUGGUUUUGCCUAUUCAAGGGCUUGAGUUUACUCCGACAAAGUAUCUGAUUGGCAUGGGCUCAUCCGACUUUGCCCUUCUGUUGGAACGUCAAUUGCCGUCCGUUGCUAACGACACCGAAUCCGAAAGAGCUAUCUUCGCGCCCACCAACUGGGCCUUUAAUCCGACUUGUAAUCUGCCCUAUCACCUUGUUGACCAUUUUGAUGUCCCCAAAAAGGGCGAAUAUGCCCUGUUGCGCACGAGAGCCAAACGACCCGACGAUUCUCAGCACUUGCUGCGUGUCUCCAACAAGGGUCAGCUCGUUUUGAAUUUCCACACUCGCGUAAUCCAGAGCGAUAAAAUCGGCGGUACAUCUAUAUUUAUUUUGGAAAAGGACGUCGAGCUUCCUCAAAGCUUACUUCCAGAACUUAUUCUCAUGGACGACAUCACAACCAACAUCCGCUACAUCGCUUCACUGGGCCUGAGCGAUGUAAAGGGCGUGACUUGGUUCCUUGUCGCCAAUGACGGUUGGGACCAGCUUGGUCUUAUUCAUGAUGUAUUGCGACAAAACAUGGAACUUAUGCACGACGUUGUUAUCGAGCAGGCGAUCAAGGGUAUCCAUCAUUUUGGCGGAAGCAAUUUGGAGUGGUACAGCGGAACGUAUGAAACUUACAACGGGUCCUUGAUUGAUAUUCACGAUGCAACAUCGUACAAGGCAGGCAAGAAAGUCGAUGCUCUUCGUAUAAAUGGAGAAUUGUACAAUGUGCGUGAACGAGACAUACUCGUGGAGAAUUCCGUGGUGCAUGUGUUAGAGAGGCCUCGUGUGCCCUUCAUUGUUUCACAACGGCAAAUGAUUCUUGCCAGUAACAAUACAAUCUUUUUACAGUUGAUUGAAAAGCAUGGUCUUGCAGACAUGUUGGACAAGGGCAACCCGAUGGUUAUUCCCCUUUUGGACGAAGACGACUUGAGCGUUCGAGACACAGACUUUGUGCAACGGCACAUUAUUGAUUUGAAAAAACAACUGCUCGUCUUUUCUCGAGGUGCCAUUUCCGUGGACGAAGGUCCUUGGGUGAGUGUUGUCAAUUACGGCAGGAGCCCGUUGGGUGAUGUGUUUGUAAUACGACAACCUCUUCCAACACGCAUCAGCAGUUUCUGGAGAGCAGUACGUAUUUCUGUUCUGACGCUGAUUGCUUGCGGCUCUGCGUGCUCGGGUGCAUAUGCCUUGUUCACGAGAAGACGCAUGUCCCCUCUUGAUCGCGAGCGCGAGGCGCUUCUACAAGAGGGCGGUGAAAUAGAAGAAGCCCUGAUCAUCGAAGAAGACCAACUGCCUCGUGUGGACGAAGAUGACGAAAACGAAGAGGAAGACGGAGCACUCGAUAGCAACUCUGGGGGAGAGGGCCCUUCGCCAAGAAGCGGCGCUCCGUCCAACAAGUCAUACGGAACAAUCAACGCUCCUUCGUAGUUGCUGCAUACACACUCCAGCCCAGCAUUGUUUCCCACCUCAAUCAACCGCUAAUAAACACCGCAAGCGUGCACGACCAGCAGAGCCGCUUUUCGUAUUUAAUGACCAGUUAAUAAUGAACCUCCCUACGUUUAAUAUCUACGCUUUGUUACUAAGGGCAGCUACGGCCGCGGCCAAAAGUCUGUUAUAAAUGCAUUUCUAUUCACUACA